AAAGUAACGAAACCAAUUUUGCCAGCCAAAAAUGCCGCCGCCGCCGCCGCGGCGUGCGCUGCCUCUGCCGCAUUUCACCCUCCCUCCCCUCGCCGGCGAGGACCACUUAUUCGUGGCAGCGCUCCGCUCCCACAUCUCUGCCUCGCCGACCACAGCCGCCGCCUCGCUCUCCCGCUUCCUCCCGGGCCUCACCCCGCUCCGCCUCACCCACCUCAUCCUUCUUCUCGGCCCGUUGCUUGCCAAGGGGAUCCCGCACGGCCUCCUCGCGGCGCUCCUCCCUUUGUCUCCUCCGCCGCUCCCGCUCGCCGUCCUGCUCCACUCCCUCCCGCCGCGCCGCUGCGCCGAGCUCCUCGCCUCAGUUCUCCGCUCCGUCUCGCCGCAUGCCUUCCCAGACCUCCUACACCACGUCCUCCUAACCGCCCGCCUCGCCAGCGCAACACAGAGCGCUCCCACAGUGCCGGCCUUCGACGUCCUCUUCUCCUCGUGCGCGCGGGAGAAGAAGCUCUCCCGAGCCACGCUCGCCUACCGCGCCAUGCGCGCGCACGGCCUGCUACCGACCGUAGUCUCCUGCAACGUCUUCAUCUCCACCGCGCUGCGGCUGCGGCGCCCCGAGGUCGCCAUCUCUUUCUUCCGGGAGAUGCGCCGGUGCCGGAUGUCGCCUAACGUGUACACGGCCAACAUGGUGAUGCGCGCACACUGUGCCCUGGGGCGUGUCGCGGAGGCAGCCCAGGUGCUCGAUGAAAUGUCAGACUGGGGGAUUUCUAGAACGCCAGCCAGUUUCAACACGCUAAUUGCCACGUACUGCAGGGAUGAUGGUGGAAUGGAGCCCGCAUUGAGGCUGAAGAAGAGGAUGGAGCAGGAGGGGCUCAUGCCGAAUGAGGUGACAUACAACGCGAUCGUGCACGGAUUGUGCAAGAAGGGAAACAUGCGCCGGGCAAACCAGUUGGUGGGUGAGAUGAGGGCAAAUGGGGUGAAGCCAAACACGGUCACAUUCAACACGCUGAUUCGUGGAUAUGUGAGGCUUGGCGAUAAUGAGUCGGCAUCAAGGGUUCAUGAGGAGAUGGUGAAGGCUGGUGUGGGGGUCGAUAUGGUGACAUAUAAUGCACUCAUUCUUGGGCUAUGCAAUGAAGGAAAGGUGAAGAAGGCCGGGCAUUUGGUUCAGGAGCUUUGCAGGACAAACCUUGAGCCGAAUGCGUCAACUUUCAUGUCACUGAUUGUUGAGCAGUGGAGGAGUCAGAACUCCGAACGAGCACUGGAUCUAUUGAAUGCAAUGAUUAAAAGUGGCUUCCAUCCAAAUUAUGAUGCAUAUAAGAUGGUUGUAUCCACUUUCUGCAAGAACAAGGAUUUUGAAGGAGCACUUGAUGUCUUGAAGGAUAUGCUUGCAAGGUGCAUGGCUCCAGAAACGAACUUGUUGCAUGAAUUCUUUGAAGGCCUCUCUGAAGCUAAAAAACUGCAUCUGGUAGAGGACCUCCGUUCAGUGGCCAAUGGUGCAAGGUUUAUUCCUGAUGUUUACUAUACUGGUGAUUAUAGGAAUGAAGAUAAAGAGAAGAACGAAUGUUAACAUGCAUUCUGGACUACUAAAUCUCAUGAAUAUCGAAAAUGUGUUGGUCAAGUGGACUAAGAUGGUUUAAAGAAGUCAAGAAUUCCAAUCUUUCUAUUUGUGCUGAGGUGAAACUUGUUUAGGUGUGUGUUUCGGAGUUUUUUCCCCGCAUAUUUCCACUUAUUGGUUCAGCCAUCCUUGCAGCACCUAGUUUGUGUAGAUCAUCAAAAUGCAAAUUCUGUUGAAGGACAACCUACCAAAAUUUUGGAAGCAGUGUAAUCAUGGGAACCUGUUGUACUGCAUGCCACACAGAUGGUGUCUAUGAAAACAAAAACUUUCAUAAUCAGAGGUUAGUAUCUUUGCACUUUUCUGUAAUGACUUCUAUUUUCAUCUAUUAUGGUUUGCCUUUCUGAAACUACUUUGAAUUUUACUGUCGGUAGUUGGUUACAUGUUUGUGUAUGUACAACAUCUAUGGUUCACUCUUUCAUUUGAUAUGCAUUGAAACAGGUUGCAGUUAUAUUGUCGGUAACUUUGGUAUGUACAUCUGGAAAGUUCUACUUUCGCACACUUUCAUCUGCACAUGAAACAAAUUCUUCUGUAUUUGCAACUUUAAAAUGCCAAUUGAGUUGCCGUAAAGAUCUAGUCAAUGAAAAGUUUAGUAGCUUUCAGCGUUGAAUAUAAAAUUUUUUGAACUUCACAUGUAUUAAUUCACAUUUCAUGUUUCAGGGUGCAUACAUUGGAAGUGGACACCUGUACUAACAUAUCAAGGAAACCUGCAAUAUUUUGUCAAAUAAGAAAACUGGAAAACACAUCUUAUAGUUUUUUCACAUGUAUAGUUUGGUAUAUCCAAGGUAUUGUAGUUGUAGAUAACGAAUUUACUGAUUUGUACAAAAUUUCAAUCUUGCAUUAGCGCUCCACAAAAUUGUAACUGCCGUCUUGCUAGAUAAAUGUUCUUUUUGGUUUCUCUGCAAGUUUAUAUCAAUAUAUUAUUUCCUGACUACUUGAGGUGUAGUUAAAGUAAGCUUUAAUCUUCAAUACUCGUGGAAAGGAGCUUGCCUAAAUAGAUACGAUGCGACAGGUCUUCGAUACGCAAGUGGCAACACCUAAGAAUUACUCUUGCUUUUAUAGAAAGCAAAUGUAAGGUACAUACGCACAAGACCUGCUGGGGAUACCAGUUUGAAACUAAGGACAGCCACCAUGAGGACGCAGCCUCCAAAAGAGAAACAGAGCAAAGUCUGGACAGAACAAGUUACUAAAGAAAGAAGAAGCAUCAACUGCCCGCAACAGAAACGCCUUGUCGAUGAUGAAAAUACUCCAAACCACAGCACGCACCCCCUCGGUUUUGCUGACAACACUCAGGUAAAGCUUCUCCCGACAAAAGGAAGCAGAGGAGCGACUCCAGCAUAGAACACAGGAGUAAUCUUCAGAAGCAGCUAACAGCGAAGAAAAUUAGAUGAAGCAGUAUCCGGAGUCUUCUCUUCCACUCCUGAAACGACUGGACCCACUACACCUGUUCGCCCCACCCCCUCUAUCUUGGUCUGUUCACCAGUGCGUAUCAGAACCUUCCAUUUCUGCACAAAAACACAGAAUUUAAAUAUCAACUCGAUUGGGAAUCUAAAAAAUUUGCCUUCAA